UCCACACAUACUUUCUUCCCCAUCGCUGGAACGCCAAAAAUCCUCACCAAAAUUGCUCUUUUUACCGGGAAUUCCGUCCUGAAUCUCACCGAACCAGUGCCUUGGUUACCUGAUAAGCUCCACAAAAGAUUUUUAGACGCCAUUGCAAGGUCUGACCCUGCUUGGCCAUGUCAUCGGAGAAUUGGAGCCAGAGUGCUCCCAGUCAACAGCCUCAACAUUCACCGGGCCAGACUAAUGAAGAAGACCUGGCAAAUGAUGCUGAGGGAGUAUGGAGUCCAGACAUUGAGCAAAGCUUCCAAGAAGCGCUCGCUAUCUACCCGCCCUGUGGUCGACGAAAAAUCAUUCUUUCAGACGAAGGAAAGAUGUAUGGUCGAAAUGAACUCAUUGCAAGGUACAUAAAACUCAGAACAGGCAAGACAAGAACAAGAAAACAGGUUUCAAGCCAUAUACAGGUGUUAGCUCGGAGAAAGUCAAGGGAACUUCAGUCUUUAUGCAAGGACCAGAACACAAAAGACAAAGCUCUACAGAGUAUGGCGGCCAUGUCGUCGGCCCAGAUCGUCUCAGCAACUGCAAUACACAACAAGGCUGCUGCAAUGGGUAUAGCCGGCUUAGGAAUCCCAGGGGCUACUCCACUAAGGCCGCCAUAUCCUGCCCAUCAACUCUGGCAACCUGGUCUCACACAAGCAGGUACAUCCCAUGACGUCAAACCUUUCUCAGCGACAGCUCAAGCCUAUGCACCCAGCGGUGACUACCCAGCCGGUAUGACGCCCGGAAGCCCACCUGCAUGGGAAGGUAGAUCUAUCGGUACUCGGAAGCUCCGAUUGGUUGAAUUCCAAGCUUUCCUCGAGUUACGACGAGACCCAGAGAGCGUAAGUGAGUACAGCAAACAUCUGUUUGUUCACCUUGGCUCAAACGUCAGUUACUCAGAUCCACUACUUGAGGCUGUGGACGUCCGUCAAAUCUAUGACAAGUUUCCGGAGAAGAAGGGCGGGCUGAAAGAGCUUUAUGACAAAGGACCACCAGAGGCAUUCUUCCUCGUCAAGUUCUGGGCGGACCUCAACACAAAUCUUUCAGAGGAGACGGGUGCAUUCUAUGGAGUCACAAGCCAGUAUGAGAGUCCAGAGAACAUGACCAUCAUGUGCUCAACUAAAGUGUGUUCAUUUGGAAAACAGGUUGUGGAGAAAGUAGAGACGGAGUAUGCAAGGUUUGAGAGUGGUCGGUUUGUUUACCGCAUCCAUGAAUCACCAAUGUGCGAAUAUAUGAUCAACUUUAUUCACAAACUCAAGCAUCUUCCUGAGAAGUACAUGAUGAACAGUGUGCUGGAAAACUUCACUAUAUUACAGGUUGUAACCAACAGAGAGACCCAGGAAACCUUACUAUGCAUCGCCUACGUCUUUGAAGUCUCAACGAGUGAACACGGAGCACAGCAUCACAUCUACAGACUGGUCAAAGACUGACCCUACUCUUACUCAUCCCCCGCCUCCCCCAUACCCCCUUCCCUCUACUCUAGCAGCAUCUAAAGGUGCCUUCCUUGGUAGGACCUGAAGGUGCCUUCCUUGGUAGGACCUGAAGGUGCCUUCCUUGGUAGGACCUGAGGGUGCCAUCCUUGGAAGAACCUGAAGGUGCCUUCCUUGGAAGAACCUGAAGGUGCCUUCCUUGGUAGGACCUGAAGGUGCCUUCCUUGGUAGGACCUGAAGGUGCCUUCCUUGGUAGGACCUGAGGGUGCCGUCCUUGGAAGAACCUAAAGGUGCCUUUCUUGGUAGGAUCUGAGCCUUCCUUGGUAGGACCUGAAGGUGCCUUCCUUGGUAGGACCUGAGGGUGCCAUCCUUGGAAGAACCUGAAGGUGCAUCCCUGGUAUGACCUGAAGAUGCCUCCUUGGUAGUACCUGAAGGUAGAGCUAGGAGUACGUCUACCAUCAGGUCAAUGGCCUUCCUAAGUCCAUGGGGAGUUGGACAAGAAGCUCAGAACGGAGAAGAAUGCUCAGGUUCAGUCGGUUCAGUCGGUUGUAACUCAAGAGAUGAACACUGCCCUCUUUUGUGAAUGGACGGCUGUCGAAGAAGAGAAAUCUUGACUAUCAUGAUUCGACAGUUAAAACAGUGGCUGACAUCAUCAGCAUCUUCUCUGUCUUGGGCAGCUAGAGAGUACCAGUAUUAACUGGUUUCCCUGCAGUGCGCACCCACCGUUAACACAUCAAGAGUCCUUCGCUCAAGGAAGCAGCCUCAUGAUGUCACAUUGUUUUGUUGUUGUUAAAACAAAACACAAAACAAAUUUUUUAAUAGUUAUGAUAUAUUAUAUAUAUAUAAAUAUAUAAAGAAGUGCCUCAUCAGCAGUUGAAUGUUGUUGACAGUCCUGUGAACUCAGUGGUGCUUAUUAUGUGCUGGGAGGAGUCGAAGCAAUGGGUGUAUGGUUCGGAGAAACAUUCAUGUAGCAAUGCGAGUUGCCAAAUAGACGAGUGCGUACCCCAUGUGUGCCUAAUGAAAUGCUGCCUUCUUCAUUUUGGUCCUGGUGCCUUAUUGAAGAUUCUUUACUUGAAACGAAAUGCAAGGAGUGUUUAUAUGCGAACGGGCCAAUUUUGAUAUAGUUGGCUAGAAUGGCAAACAGGCUAAGCUUUGUAAAUGUAGACAAAUCUUGCUUAGCAGAAACGGGUCAACAACCAGUACUAUACUAUGUGUUGUAACAUAUUUGACUGGUUUCCAGUUAAGUGUUUAGCGGAAGAAUUUGGGAAGGAAUAUAUCUGCAAAACAACAUCGUGGCCCAAAGUUCAUAAAGCUGUUAAGCUGGAAGUACUUUACUAGAAAAUCGCUUGGCUGAGCGAAAAAUGAGCAGGGCACCAGUCCCAACAACAUAAAUUUUAUGGAAUGUUGGCUGGUAACAGUGUUUCUGCUAAGCAAUGUUUUUCAGUGCUCAGCAAGCUUUUGUGCUUGCAUCAAAUUGGGCCUUAUGAAAUUAAUCAUAUCAUAAUAUGGCCUAGAGAGAAACAGCCUUUCAGGAAAGACCUUGCUAGGGUCGAAACAUCAGGCCAUUAACUUUGUUUUGCAUAGAGAGAAACGAACGGAAGGUGGAGACUGGUUGACACUUUGCAUCGUUCAUAUGAAUGCUUUUAUCCAACGAUCACCCAGCGCUGUCCUCGGCACAGAUACUGUACAGAAUUUUAAUAAGAAAAAUACUUUAUGGAUAGAUUUCUAUGUGUAAUAAGUGGAGGAUGCGAUGUGCAUCCCACUUAAACAUUGUGCCUUCAUACUGUUGUGUAUGAGAACAUGAUCUUUUAGUCGGUCAUGACUCCAAAAUCCCAUCAUGCCAAAUCCUCAUAGAAACAGGAUUUUCGGAACACUGCACCGAAGCUGGUCCUGCCUCAAAUUCAAACUGAAUAUCUUGAAGAAAAUAAAUCUUGAAAAAAAAAAAAAA